AGAAAGGUCAAUAUUUGACAAAUGGCUGCCAUCUGUCACUUUCCUGCGGAAUAAACAGUACGGACGGAUCGCUUAUUUAUUUUCAUAUUUUGUUUUAAAUAAUAAUGGACAUUGAUCAAAUUUGUCGAUUAUGUUGUUCAACAAAGUUUGUCAACAAUGAUAUUUUCGAUGAAGAAAAUGCGUUAUAUAUUAAAUUGUCCUUAUAUUUGCCAAUAAAGGUUUUCAGAAACGAUAGGCUUCCUAAGAAAGUCUGCGAUAAAUGUAGCUGCAAGGUGAACGAUUUUUAUCAGUUUUGUAACGAAACUAUUGAAGUACAAAACAGGUUGCACAGUUUAUUUCUGCCUUCUGAAGCAGGCAACGAUGGCUCUGUGGACCUCACACUAGUAAAAGAUAGCAGAUCGCCGCCACCUCCUGCCCUAGCGGAGCACUGUGAGAGAAGUACCCAGACAGACAAUACAGAUGCAAGCUCUGACUGCAAUGCUUGCAUUCAGGUCAAAGAAGAACCAACGCCUGUUCCACCGUCACCUGUCAAGCAAGAAGAAGAUGAUUAUUAUAACGUAGAGUCUGAUCCAUAUGGGGGAGGUUCUUCAGGAAGUGAGGAUAUUUCAUUAAUUAAAUUAAAAACAAAAGAGACCAGCCAGAAAAGAGGUAGAAAAAAAAAGUCAAAUGAAAUCAAAGAUUGGGGGGAACUGAUGAACUACCUACCAGAAGGUGCACUGGCAGUUGUGAGUAAAGAACAGGUGGACAUGCCACUAGCUAGCAUCAAGGAGGAGCUGCUUACUGAAAAGGACCAGCAAGGGAAGGAUGGGGAUCUGUACAAUUGCUGCAUUUGUUUUACUCGGAGCUUCAGUAGGUCAGAGAUGCUGAAGCACUACAAGGCGCACGGCAGCGAGGCGGCGGCGGCGGGCGCGCCGCAGGUGCCGGCCGUGCCCGACCUCGAGCCGCUGCGGUGCACGCGCUGUAGGAAGGUGGUGUCCCGCGCGGAGUGGGGCAAGCACUGGCUGCGACACUGGGAGCGCGACCGCCGCCCCUACCGCUGCUCACUCUGCGAGAAGACAUUCCGUGACCCCUACCAGAUACUUAAACACGGGAAGACGCACAACUACGAGGAGGGCGCGUCGUCCGAGCCUGUCAACAAGCGGUUCCUGUGCGACCAGUGUCCGGAGGCAUUCGUCCACAUGCGGUUCCUCCUGUCGCACCGCACGCGCGCGCACCCCGAGGCGGCGGGGCGCGCGCUGGCGCUGCGGUGCAGCGAGUGCGGGCGCGCGUUCAGCCACAUCAACUCGCUGCGCCGCCACCUGCGCUCGCACACGGGGGAGCGCAACUUCCUCUGCAACGUCUGCGGCAAGGCGCUGUCCUCGCGCGAUCAUCUCAAGUUCCACAUCCGCAUACACACCGGCUACAAGCCCAACGUCUGCAAGACGUGUGGGAAGGGGUUCGUGAAGAAAUGCAACCUGACGCUGCACGAGCGCGUCCACUCGGGGGAGAAGCCGCACGUGUGCUCGCACUGCGGGAAGGCCUUCAGCCAGCGCUCCACACUCGUCAUCCACGAGCGGUACCACAGCGGGGCGCGGCCCUACGUGUGCGCGCUGUGCGGCCGCGGGUUCGUGGCCAAGGGGCUGCUGUCCAUGCAUCUCAAGUCCACCUGCAUAUAGCGCGCGCCCCCAUCUGCUGCGCUGUCUGCGCUGCUAUACUACGGCCCAUCCCAAUGACCACGGGUCGGGGCCGGGUCCCGCCCAGCUGGCCGCAGCAGCUCGCUCCAGCCAGCGCCUGUACUGCCGAGCGAUGCCGAGCCCAGUAUUACGAGUGCGCCAGUACUCCGUGUCACGUGAUGUCCACAUCCACUUAUACUUGUAGUAAAUACGCGCAAAUUACUUUGUUUCGGGUUGUACAUAUUUUAGCAAAUUGUUUUUAUUCAUUUGAAGCAUAUGUGAUAAGUAUUUUAUCAGAGUAUGGAUAGGUAUCAGUAAUUCGAGGGAUCAUCGGUCCGGGGCAGCGUGGGGUCAGCACUACUCGCGGAAUGUUCCACACAGUUCCCGCGCGACGCCAUCGCCGACACUGGCGCCACCUGGCGACGGCGCGGGACUGCAAACAUGAGUAGAGUGAGCUACCCUAGCACCGGCCCGAUACUGUAAAUACAAACUAAUGUUGUGUUUGUUUACUACAUCUUUAGAGACGUACUUAGUGACGUUAGAAACACAACGAAGGCGAUGAUAACCGCGACUGUAAACAAUGGCGUUACAAACAAAGUGUUAUCUCAAUAAUAUU